AUGAUCGAACAGGAAGAAGUCCUGGACUUCAAAGCCCUGAGGGCAAAGUUCCUGAAAGAGGAUCCCUUGAAGCUAAUGAACAAACCUGCCAUUGCGCAGAAACCCAAAGUCAUCCCCCCUCCCCCCAGUGGUACCCGCGUGUCUCUGAUCGACACCAUCAACACUGCCGUGGAAAACAAAAUGCCCUUCAUGCCCCGCGUGGUCUUCAAGGAUGACAAGAAGCAGCCCCCGAAACUGGCUUCCAAAUCCAAAGAGAAAGAGGCUGGCGUGAAGCCGGAGCUUAUUAACCAGAAACAGAAGAAAGAGGGCGACAUCGUCAUGCAGGCGAUGAAAGAUAAGAAGCUGCCCAAGCUGCUCCCAAUGCUUCCGGUGCCUGUUGCAGCACCUGAGCCUGAGUCUGCCCCCCCGCCAAAGCCAGUCAAACCCCCCACAGCCAAAAAGAAGGGGAUUUCAAUCUUCAAAAAGCCUCCGAAGCCUCAAAAAGUCAAGACAGAAGCUGCCCAGAGCACAUCGCCACCAAGCUGCCCCAAUCCCCCAUCCAGUGGCACAGCAGCCCCGGUGGUUAAUACACCCGUGGCUCAACAGGCUCUGCUUCCCCCCAUCCCAGUCCCAGCUCCUACCCUGGUUAGUUCUGGUGCUGCCACUCCGGCUCCAACACCUCCUGUGGCACAGAAGCCUCUAAUGCCUCCCAUCCCAGUCAUAACCGCACCUUCCAGUAUUCCUGAGCCAGUUAUCCCAGAGGCAGCCGUAUCUAUUCCCGAUGUUCCUCCCCUGGAUGUUGUGGUUCCUGAAAUUUCUCCCCCAAGCAUUCCAGAGCCAGAGGUUCCGGCCCCUGAAGAUGCAGCACUGCAGAUUCCUGAUCCCGAAGUUCCUACCCCUGAAACUUCUGCUCUAUCUAUUCCUGAUUUAGACGGUCUUUCGCCUGAAAUUCAUGCACCAGCUAUUCCUGAUCUAGACAUUCCUACCCCUGAAAUUGAUGUAGAAGCCAUUCCAGAGCCAGAUAUUCCCACUGAAAUUGCACCUGAGGUACCAGAGGUACCAGAACUUGAGAUUUCUGUGUCAGAUAUCCCUGCUCCAGAAAUGUCUAAAAAUAAUCCUGUUUCAGAUAUUGCAGAGUUAGACAUUCCUGCCCCAAUCAUCCCCCCACCAGAAAUUCCAGACUUCGAUGCUGCUGAUCCAGCUAUUUCAGAUCCAAUUAUUCCGGAUCCAACCACUCAAGACGCAGAUGUUACCGCCCCCAGUAUUCCAGAUAUAACUUCUCUUGAUCCACCACCCCCUAUUAUGCCUGCUUCUUCUAUUCCAGUUUCUGACAGUCUGGUUAUUUCUCGGACUCCCUCUCCCGAACAAGUCGCCCCUGAGCUCUCCUCCAGCCCUCUUCCUUCAGAGUUGCCGCCGGCUCCUGUUGAAUUUGCAGAGGUAGAGGAUGUCGCUUCAGAAGCAAAGCAGGAAAGUAGUAGUAGUGCUUCCAUAGAAGAGACCUCCGCUGAGGAGCCCCAGUGCACCACCCCUCCCCAGCUGGUGACGGCCCUCUCGGCCCUGGAGAGGGCAGAAGAAAGCUCCGCUGAGGAACCCCGGUGCAGCACCCCUCCCCAGCUGGUGACGGCCCUCUCGGCCCUGGAGAGGGCAGAAGAAAGCGCCCCGGAGAGGCGGACCCCGUCCAGCGACCAGAGAAUAUUAAACCUUCUGGAAAAGGCCAAGAAGAAAUAUGCGGCCAACAAGCAGGCAAACAAGACUCCGUCUCCAUCCGUUUCGCCGGUCCCGCCCGUCAGCAGAACCCCCACCCAGGCUGACCCCACCCCGCCCGUCAGCAGAACCCCCACCCAGGCUGACCCCACCCCGCCCGUCAGCAGUACCCCCACCCAGGCUGACCCCACCCCGCCAGUCAGCCCCGCAGUCUCACUGCCUGAACUGCCUCCAGUUGAUUAUGAGGAGCCAGUGGAGGACGCUUGGGAACAGGGUCGGCCAGCCACUCUAGUGAAUGGUUUCGAUCACAGACAAGUAUCUCCCAUUCUGGAGGAGCCAAUGAUGGAGGAGGCGCAGGCAGAGGUGCCCCCAGCACCCCCGGCCAGGAAACCCCUACCUGCUGUUCCAGAGAAACCCCUACCUGCUGUUCCAGAGAAACCUCCUCGUCCGCCAGUUCGCAACCUCAGUCAACUCACCUCCCCGAUCCCAGUGCCUCAGGAUGAUAAUGAAGUGGUGAUUCCAGCCCCUCAGGAUUUUAGUGCAGAAGAGCCCGUUCUGGACCCUCAGAACCUUUCAGCAGUAGUUCCGGAAUAUGAAGACGGUUCAGACAUUGGAACACCAGAGUUGGAGAUUCUGGAGUGUGGAAUGUCUGAGUCCUCCACUGUGGAAGAGGCUGGCGCCAGGGAGACAGAGCAUGAGAUUCCAGAGGAAGGCCUCGGAGUUCUGGAGGAGAACUAUGCAGAAGCAGACCUUGGACCUCCGAUGGCCGAGGUCCCAGAAGCAGAGGCAGCAGCAUUUCUCGACCCAACAGACUCUCCUGUUGGUCAAGAUGCCCAGACGCCAACCGGACCACAGGACAGCCCUCCUGAGAUCUCUGACAAUAUCUAUGAGGAUGUGACAACCAAUAAGAAAAAAAGCAAGAAGAAGUCCCCGCCAAAGAGUGAGUUAGAUUCCUCAAAGCGUGAUAUCAAAACAGGAAGAAACCCCAGAUAG